AUGCCUCUAAAUCCUGCAAAGACCAACCUCACGCCCACCCAAAUCAGCAAAGUCCACUUCCUCGCCGCCCUCCGCCGCUACCCAGCCCUCGUCCCCGCCGCCCUCAAACCUCUCGACCAAAUCCGCUACCACGACAUCCCGACCGCCAUCUCCUCUUCUCCUUCCCUCUCCGCCCCGCAACUCGAGCAGCUUGUCGAAUGGAAGCUCAAGCACGGCACCUUCCGCCCGACGCUCCUGGCGUUAGUCCGCUCCAACGCGCCCUCCGCCGUCGAAGCCGCGACCACCGAGGCCUUCGGCAUCCUCUCCUCCUCCCGAGGAGCUAGCGGCGGUGAGGACGGCCAAAACGCGAGGAUGGAGGCGCUGGACGUCCUGACGAAGGCGCUCAAGGGCGUGGGGCCUGCGACGGCGUCGUUGGUGCUGGCGUGCCGGGAGCCGCGGUCGACGCCGUUUUUCUCGGAUGAGAUGUAUCGGUGGAUGUGUUGGGGGGAGGCCAAGGGGGCCAAGGGGCAGGGUGAAGGGUGGGCGAGGAGGAUCCAGUACACGCGGGGUAAGUAUAAGAUGUUGUUGGAGAAGGCGACAGAGGUGGUCGAGAGGGUGAGGGCGUGGGGGUUGGGUGAGGAGUUGGGAGAGAUGGGGGAGGCGGUAGCGGUAGAGAAGGUGGCAUGGGUUUUACAGAGGGAGGGGGUGGAUUGCGAUCAGGGAUUUGGUGAGGAAGAAGAUAUAUUUGGUGCGCAGGUGAAAGGGAAGGGAAGAAAGAGAGAAGCAGAGGCCGAAGAGGAGGCUGGGAUGGUGAAAAAGGCGAAGAAGGGACAAACGACAGCCCUGGAUACCGCAAACAAAUCAAGAAAGGGGAAGGUGCAGAAAUCUGAAACUGAAGAUUCUCCUCGUAGACAAACGCGAUCUUCAGCACGGAGGAAGACUUAG